GGGCCCGGGGUGCGGCGGGAGCCGGUGCGCGCGGGCCGGGUGCGCGCCACGCUCUUCCUGCCGCCAGGUGAGAGAGCCGCUUCCCCAGCUUUCAGCCAGCUUUUCUCGUGUCUCCUGGCUCUACCUAGAGGAAGGAGGUAGCUCCCAACUUUCCGGAGGUCCCUGGGGCCUUAAAGUAUCAAAGACACAGGAAUGAACUGUACGUCUCGGUGGAGAGAUGGUUCUGCUGCUCCAAAACUGAGAGGCCAGUUAAAAAACAUCCUAAGGAAGGGAAAAGACAGUUGUAUUAAAAAAUAAAUUUAUAGGUAGUUUUAAGUUUUUAAUGUUUAAGUUUCUCAAUUUUGCAACGUUGCUUCUAACUCCCACGUAUAUUAAGGUUUAAGAAAAUCACCAUGAAGGAGGAAGGCCCCUUGCUAUCAACUGGAAAUCUGAAAUUAUUGGAUAAUUUUACCAUUACAUAAAAUGCAAUUGGCCAAUGAAAAAAUAGAAAGAUGCUUAUCCUCAUUAGGAAUCAGGGAAAUGCAAUAUAAAACUACACCAUACAUUUCUUACCCUCAAAAUUUGCCAAAAUUUAGAAGUCUAACAUUACUAAUUGGUGGCAAGUAUGUGGAGGAAAAGGAACUCGCAUACACUGCUAAAGGAAUAUAGUUAUUCAUCUCCUGGAAACAAUUUGUUUUUACUUAGAAAGUUGACUAUGUCAUUCUACUCCUGGUACCUGUGCACCAAGAGGUAUUGUUUGUAAGAGCCAAAACAACUGGAAACAGCCCAAAUGUCCAUCAACAACAGAACUGAUAAAUAAAUGGAGGUAUAUUUACAGCAGCAAAAGCGAUUGAACUGCAGCUGCAAGAAUCACCAUGGAUGAUUCUCAAAAACAGUGUUGAGUGAAGCAAGUCCCAGAAGAACACAUUCAAUAUUCCAUUUAGAGAAAAUUCAAAAAAUAGGCAAAAUAAAAUACUGUUUAAGGUACAGACAGAAAUGGUAAUACCGUAAAGAAAAUCAAGAGAAUGAUAAAAUCCAGGAGAGCGGACAAGGAGGGAAGGGGCAGAGGGACUCAAGGGGCUUUGAUGGCUGGUUCUCAGUUAUAUCUUAAUGUGUGGGGUAUAAAGUGUUUGCUUUCAUAUUAUUUAGGUUUUGCAUGUUAAACAUAAACUUUUGAUGUAAAUGGUGAAAAUGUCCGACAAAUGGAAUCAUACUGAGUAUGUAGCCUUUUGAGUCUAGCACAAUGCAUGUGAGAUUCAUUCAUGUUGCCCCAUGUAGCAGCAGUUCCUUCUUCUUGCUUCUUAGUAGGACCCCUUAUAUGGAUGUGCUACAGUUUGUUGAUUCAUUCACCUGCUGAAGGACAUUUGGGUUUCAAAUCUUUGGAGAUGAUGAACAAAGUUACUACAGACACUUGCAUACAAGUUUUUGUGUGAACACAACUUUUCCUUUCUCUUGGGUAAAUACCUAGGAGUGAGAUUGCUGGGGCAAAUGAACCUGGGCCCUUUCCUGGGAUUGUGGACAUUUCUGGAGCUGGAGGUGGCCUUCUGGAAUAUCGAGCUAGUCUACUGGCUGGGAAGGGUUUUGCUGUGAUGGCUCUGGCUUAUUACAACUGUGAAGACCUCCCCAAGAGUGUGGAGACCCUCCACUUGGAGUAUUUUGAGGAAGCUGUGAACUACCUGCUUAGUCACCCUCAGGUAAAGGGUCCAGGAGUUGGGCUGCUUGGGAUUUCCAAAGGGGGUGAUCUCUGCCUCUCUAUGGCCUCGUUCCUGAAGGGCAUCACUGCCGCCGUCAUAAUCAAUGGCUCUGUGGCCAAUGUUGGUGGAGCCUUACACUACAAGGGGGAGACACUGCCUCCUGUAGGUGUCAACCCAGAGCGCAUCAAGGUGACUAGAGAUGGCUUUGCAGACAUUUUGGAUGCCCUGAACAGCCCUUUGGAAGGACCUGACCAGAAGAGCUUCAUUCCUGUGGAAAGGGCUGAGAGUGCCUUCCUGUUCCUUGUAGGUCAGGAUGACCACAACUGGAAGAGUGAAUUCUAUGCCAUUGAGGCCUCUAAACGCUUACAGGCCCAUGGUAAGGAGAAGCCCCGGAUCAUCUGUUACCCGGGGACGGGGCACUACAUUGAGCCUCCUUACUUCCCCAUGUGCCCAGCUUCCAUGCACACCUUGGUGGGCCGUCCUGUCAUCUGGGGAGGGGAGCCCAGGGCUCAUGCCAUGGCCCAGGUGGAUGCCUGGAAACAGCUCCAGACUUUCUUCCACAAACACUUGGGUGGUAAGGAGUUGGGGAGACUCUCUUGAAAACCAAUUACAGUAGUCGCCCCAGUUCACCAGUAGUGAACACGGUUUCACUCUCUGCAGUUUCAGUCAACCAUGGUCUGAAAAUAUUAAAUGGAAAAUUCGAGAAAUAAACAAUUGAUAAGUUUUAUAUUGCAUGCUGUUGUGAGUUAUGUGAUGAAAUCUUGUGUCAUCCUGCUCUGUUCCACCUAGAACAUGAGUCAUCCCUUUGUACAGUGUACCCAUGCUGCAUAUACUACCCACCCAUUAGUCACUAGUAGCCUUCUCAGUCUCAGAUUGGCUGUCCUGGUAUCGCAGUACUUGUGUUCAAAUAACCCUUAUUUUACUUAAUAAUGGUCACAAUGUGCAAGAGUAGUCAUGCUGGCGAUUUAGAUAUGACAGAGAGAAGCUGUAAUGUGCUUCCUUUAAGUGAAAAGGUGCAAGUUCUCAAUAAGGAAAGAGAAAAAAUCAUAUGCUGAUUGCUAAUAUCUACAGUAACUU